AACCGGCUUUGCGCUUGCUUGCCUGUCUCGCGCGACCGGAGCUUAGCUGAGCUGAGCAGAGCAGCAGCACAGAGUGGAGCCAGCUCGCCUCGCGUCGCCUCCACUUCUAUAUCACUUCCCCCUCUGCCCCUGCCCCGUGCGCCAUCGCGCACACCCACGCGCGCGCGCCCACACGUGCGGCUUCCCGGAUUCGCGCCGCCGCGGCAGAGCCAGCCAGCCAGCCAGCCAGGCCAGCUUCGGAUCGAGGGAGAGGAAGAAGAGGAGGUGGUGGUGGUGGAGGCGAGGAGUCAACCCAGCUUGCCAGCCAUGGACGGAUCGGCCGCGGAGCUGGAGGCGGCGGAGCGGGUGGUGAUGCGGUGGGACUCGGCCUCGGCGGGCGCCGGCGCGGACGAGCCGAUGCUGUUCGACGGCGGCGGGGACCGGGCCGAGGCCGACCGGUUCCUCCGCGCCGUCGACGACCUUCGCCGCCUCGCGCCGCCGUCGCCCGCGGCCGUCGGCAGCCCGCGCCGCCUCUCGUCGUCCUCCGCGUCGGGGAGCGGCGCCGUGCAGGUCGCCAUGGCGCGGCUCGAGGACGAGUUCCGCCACGUGCUGUCGUCGCGCGCCCUCGACCUCGAGAUCGAGGCGCUCGCCGACCUCAGCUCGCUCUCCAUCAACAGCGACCGCUCCAACUCCGCCUCCUCCGCCGACCUCCCCGCCGCCGCCGACGAGGACGACUCCGUGUCCUCCUCCAUCGGCCGCCGCAGCACCGCCUACCGCUCGCUCCGGAGCAUCCGGGAGAUCGACCUGCUGCCCGACGACGCCGUCGCCGACCUCCGCGCCAUCGCGUCCCGCAUGGCCGCCGCCGGGUACGGCCGCGAGUGCGCGCAGGUGUACGCCUCCGUCCGCAAGCCCGCCGUCGACGCCUCCCUGCGCCGGCUCGGCGUCGAGCGCCUCAGCAUCGGCGACGUCCAGCGCCUCGAGUGGGACGCGCUCGAGGCCAAGAUCCGCCGGUGGAUCCGCGCCGCCCGCGCCGCCGUCCGCGGCGUCUUCGCCAGCGAGCGCCGCCUCUGCUUCCACAUCUUCCACGACCUUCCCAUCUCCAGCGCCACCAUCUCCGCCGCCUCAGCGCCCGCCACGCACGACACCCCCUUCGCUGAGGCCGUCAAGGGCGCCGCGCUGCAGCUCUUCGGCUUCGCCGAGGCCAUCAGCAUCGGCCGCCGCUCCCCUGAGAAGCUCUUCAAGAUCAUAGACCUCCACGACGCGCUCUCGGACCUCCUCCCCGACGUCUCCGACAUCUUCGCCGCCUCCAAGGUCGCCGAGUCCAUAUACGUGCAGGCCGUUGAGAUCCGGUCGCGCCUCGCCGAUGCCGUCAGAGGGAUACUCUCCGAGUUCGAGAACGCCGUGCUCCGCGACCCGCCCAAGACCGCGGUGCCUGGCGGUACCAUCCACCCGCUCACUCGGUAUGUGAUGAACUAUAGCAGCCUCAUUUGCGACUACAAGGUCACCCUCUCCGAGCUCAUCAUAUCGCGUCCAUCAGCUAGUGCCCGUCUUUCUGCUGAGGGCAAUGAGCUCGCGCCGUCCUUGGCCGACCUCGAGCUCCCUGAGCUUGAGAACCGGUUACCGCUUGCCUCUCACAUUGUCUGGAUCAUUGUUGUUCUUGAACACAACCUGGAGGGCAAGGCGGCACUCUACAAGGAUCCAGCUCUCUCGCAUCUGUUCAUGAUGAACAAUGUACACUACAUUGUACACAAGGUGAAAGAUUCGCCAGAUCUCUGGGGCAUGAUCGGUGAUGAUUACUUGAAACGGCUUACUGGCAAGUUCACAGUGGCGGCCACAAACUACCAGCGCACCUCAUGGCUGAAGAUCUUGAAUUGUCUGCGUGAUGAGGGGCUCCAUGUAAGUGGUGGCUUUUCGUCAGGGAUAUCCAAGUCGGCGCUGCGGGAGCGGUUCAAAUCCUUCAAUGCUGCAUUUGAGGAUGCACAUAGGGUGCAGUCAGGGUGGUGUGUGCCAGAUAACCAGCUGAGGGAGGAGCUCAGGAUCUCAAUUGCUGAGAAGCUGCUGCCAGCAUACCGGUCAUUCCUUGGCAGGUUUCGACAUCAUAUAGAGAAUGGGAAGCAUCCAGAGCUGUACAUUAAGUACUCUGUUGAGGACCUUGAGAUAGCUGUGGGUGAUUUCUUUGAGGGUGUUCCUCCUUCCCCACAUAACAGGAGGAGAUCACAUGGAUGAAGGACUUGUACCUCCUCAUGUAUUCAACUAGCUGAUGUUGCUAUUUAUUCUUUUAUUCUUCACAAGGAAAGCUGGUGCUGGCAUCUGGGCUCGAUUUCUGCUGUCCUGAUAGAUGUGAGUAUAAAUUUGGUGAUCUUCAAUCAAAGAUGGCAAAUAUGAAUACAUUUUGGGAUCUUUCUGAAGCUGUCAAUCGGCCCAGUGGUUCCUACUCUGUAAGAGAAGUUGUUCAUUUGGUACACUAUUAUUAUAUAAAUUUUGCAUGUAGCAUGUCCAUAUAGGAAAUUCUUUCAGUAACAUUGGAUAGUUGGAACUCAUGGCAUUCCUGUUUUGCACCAGCUUUUGUUACCCUUUUCAUCGUUAACAAUUAUCCGAAGGGUCUAUGCUUUUGUGGAUUAGGUGUAAAAAGAUUUAUAUGACUCUUAUGUACCACAUGAUUUUGUAAUAUGAUAAUAUCAUGCUGUUACAAAUUCAAAAGAAAA